GAUAACACAGUGUGGUCUCUAGCACAGCUGGUCCUUUUGACAGCUUCUAAUUCUUUAAGUAAACAAAUAAUUUUUUCCACAAGCAAUGCGAAUAUGCAUGGCCUCAGACUUUUUCUAUCCCAGCAUAGGCGGAGUAGAAGAACAUAUAUUCAAUUUAACACAGAUUCUCUUAAAACGGGGACACAAGGUAAUAAUAUUAACACAUUGCUAUGGCGAUUGUAAAGGUAUACGCUAUUUGACAAACGGACUAAAGGUCUACUAUCUGCCGAUUAAAGUUUUUUAUGCUCAAUCGAUAUUGCCAACAAUAAUUUGUAAUGCUCCACUAAUAAGAAGUGUUUUAAUCAGAGAACAAAUUGAAGUAGUUCAUGGUCAUUCGGCAUUCAGUGCUUUGGGUCAUGAGGCUAUGACAAUAGCUUCCUUACUGGGUUUAAAGACCGUUUUCACCGAUCACAGUUUAUUUGGUUUUGCUGAUCUAUCGGCCGUUUUCACCAACAAAAUGCUGGAAAUUGAUUUGACCUGUGUAAAUCAUUGUAUAUGUGUUUCCCAUAUAGGUAAGGAAAAUACAGUGCUGAGAGCCCGUGUCCCCGAAGAAAAAGUUUCUGUGAUACCAAAUGCUGUUGAUACUGCCCUGUUUACUCCAGAUCCUAGCCAAAGACCAAAUGAUGGUACAAUCAAUAUCGUUGUUGCUUCCCGUUUAGUUUAUCGUAAAGGUAUUGAUCUUUUAGCCAACAUAAUACCACGCUUUAAAUCUAUGCCUCAUAUAAAAUUCAUCAUUGUGGGUGAUGGUCUUAAGCGAGAACUUUUAGAGGAAAUACGUGAAAAAGCCAAUAUGCAAGAUCGUGUCGAAAUGAUCGGUGCCGUAGAUCAUUCAAAAGUUCGUGAUUAUCUUGUACAGGGCCAUAUAUUUGUGAACACCUCCUUAACGGAAGCCUAUUGUAUGGCUAUUGUGGAGGCAGCUUCAUGUGGCCUACAAGUUGUGUCGACACGAGUAGGUGGUAUACCAGAAGUAUUGCCCGAUAGUCUUAUAAUUCUAACAGAACCUGAAAGUGAUUCAAUUUAUGAGGGUGUUAUGAAAGCCAUAAAACGUCUAAUGGCUUAUCAACAAAAAUGUGCCAUAAAUAAUAAAACCUUAAAUAAUUCUUAUCACAAGAAUAAUACAGUUGCUGCUGGUGAAAAUGGAGACAUAGCAAAUGGCAAAUAUUCCCGCAAAAGACAUAAAAAAAACAAUUCCAACACAAAAAGGGAACACAAACGUAACUCAAACUUAUACACUAAUCACUCGGACCCGGACGACUCCAAAGCUGUACUCUGUCCCUAUAAAUGCAAUGAAAUUGUGGCCUCUCUUUACAAUUGGAAUAAUGUCACUCAACGUACGGAGCAAGUUUAUGAGCAUGUCAUGAAGGAGCCCACACGCAGUUUUGGUGAAAUUUUACAUUCCUAUUUGAAUGCCAAUGUUUGGUCCAUGCUUUUGGCUAUUUCUAUGCUGCAUUUAAUAUUGAGAUUUUUGGAAUAUAUACGACCAAGUCGUUAUAUGGAAAAAGCAAAAGAUCUUCCAAGCUAUCAUAAAAACUAAUGUCCUUAGAAAUUGAGUUUUCUCGUUGGAAAUUUUGUUUUAUAAUUGUAGUUAUUAAUAUAUUUAUUAAUUUAGCAUUAUGCAUGUGCUAUUUUUUAAAAAAAUUAGUUAAUGGACAUUAAGUUUGAUACUUAUUUAGAAAGAAUUUUUUUAUAAAAUGCAUUUAAACAUCAUUUUAAUUUAAUAUAAAUUAUACCAAAUAGCAAUUAAAAAUUUAUAAAUAAAUAUGACGAUAAGUAUUAGCUUUAUAAAACAA